AUCGUUUUCAUGGCUGACUGAGUCAGUCAUCCUGAGAUGCGAGUAGUAGCCAGAAAUCACUCUCACAAAAAUUUGAACACUGUUUGAGAUAACGGUAUUCACCCGGUCUCCACAUAGCUUUGCAAACUCAACCCCAAUUUUAAGCAGCAGCAACAAUGGGCAGCUUUCUUUCCUCUUUGGUGUUGACUUCAUGCCUCCUUUUCGCCACCUGCCCUGAUGCCAACUCCUUUGAAGCACGCAGGGAACUUCGGACCAUGGUUCGCGAGCUUCACCUUCGCGAUCGCGGUAGCACCACCAAGAACAUGAUCGCACGGGGCCUAGGAUGUCUCACUGCCAGUUCCAUCAAUCAUCAAAUUGACACGGCCAAGAUGCAUUCAAAGUUUACUUCCUAUGGAUUAUUCCAGGUGGUGGAAGUUUCCUCGAACCCAUCCAUUUGGUCCAACCAUCGAAAAAUGGAAUGGAUCGGGAUCUGCGGAUCAUGGUGGCCGUUGUUCUCGGUGGGAUUCCAAUUGAUCGAUUGACGCGACGGGCAAACCGAGACGUGACAACAAUAGAUCUUGUAGAUUCGAUUCAACCUCUAUAGCCAGACAAAUUUAAAGUUUGCAAAAA